GCACAAACCUUAAAGGGCCACUUGGACGAAAAUUCGGACAAAUUUCAAAACCCCUCUAUGCGACUACAAACGGUUCCAAAACAAUCAAUAGAACUAAUUAAACAAUAUCCGAACCUUAAAUUUACCUUUUGUGUGAAUAUUGGUUCAAAAAAAUAGGUCUUAAAAGUGUCCGCCAUUGAUUUAUUCGUUCACGGCCAAAAGUCAAUUCGGCCAGCGGUCUUCCGUAGGAAACCUCCUUGUGACGUCAUUUACUCAACCCGUUUGUAGAAGCAGCGUUUACACCAUACAUUUCUUCUUGUAUCUGCUUAGGUUUUUUUUGCUUUUUUGUAAGCGCAAUCUUAAGAAUAAUAGUCGUUUUGUGAAAUUUGGUAUUCGAAAACCAUGGAAGGUCAUGGAUUUGAUGAAUUUAACUAUUCUGAGGAGCUAGAGCCGAUUGCUACCGAAGAAGAGUAUGUUGUUUACCAGAGGGAACUCGAGAUAGAACUGGAAGAAGAAGAAAUGCUAAAGAAACGAUUUGCAAAGGAAAUACAACUUAAUCACUGGUGCAGUUGCUCCGCUUGUUCACUGACUUUGAUCACCAAUCAAGCAGAGUGUUUUUGUUGUCAAGACAUUGACCGUUGUAGGGAGAAAUUGGAAGAUUUUGAAGAAGAACUUCCUUGUAUAACCGAACAUCCUGGAUUUAGAUUUUUCAGAUCAGUUGCGUACCGUCAAUUUUAUCGCCUCAUAUGGGAAUACGACGGUAAUCUAAGAAGACUGCCUUUGCCCUGUUGCGUAUAUAAUGCCAUACGAUCAGAAUUUCCCUCAGAACAUGGGACAUAUAAAGGGUUUAWAGAGGAAGAUGAAGAAGAGGAAGAAACAAAUACCGAUUCAGAAUCUGAGGACGAAGAGUUACAGUUCGAUGAAGAAA